UAAGUACACAUCUUUGUCUAUUUAUCAAACUCUGCACCAACUCAUCAUAUUCAACACUUCACCAAAAUUUCACGUGACUUCUCCUGAGCCAAAUCACCAUAUUUUCCAACACUUCACCACAAGCCGGAGUCAUAGCGCAGGUUGAUCGGCUCAUCCGGGACCGUCUCUUGUCUAUCCCACCAUCGCCACGUCACCUUCUUCCCCGUCGCUUCUGCAGAAGAUGGAUCGUGCUCGUAAGCGACCAAUUGUCUAUGCAAUUCGUGAUUUUCCACCUGGUUGUGGAACUGCUCCCUCUAAUGUUCCUGACAAAGAUCAUUUCAAGACUCCAAGAACAAGUGAUGAUGUUGUUGUCGAGAAUCCGAGUCCUGAUCACUCUGAUGCAGAUUCAGAACCUAGUGGAGCUUCUCUCAUAGAAGAACAAAAGUUUAGAACCUCUAAACACGAUCGUGGUCUCAAACAAGAAUCCCCGUUACGAAGCUCUUAUCAUGGUCGUGUUCUUGGAGCUCCUAAACACAAAGGAAGUUGUUCCAAACAAGAACCAGAGUCUCAACACUCUGAUCAUGUUGUUGCUGCACCUCCUACACCUCGUGAGAAAGUUCUUGAGGUCUUGCGUGCUUUUAAAGAUGUCUACAGAGAGCUGGAUCGAAACAAACAAGCGAGACGCGGUGGAGAUUCAUUUGACGCUACGGCUAGAAUAGACAUCAAAGCACAAGCUUUCCUAGAGAGCGAGGGGAGACACGUGAACACAGAGAAGAGAAUCGGACAAGUCCCCGGAAUCAACAUUGGCGACGAGUUCCAGUACAAAACAGAACUUCGUCUUGUCGGGCUUCACUUCAAGACCAUGUGCGGGAUCGACUACAUGGAAGUAGGAGGUGUGAAGUACGCGACAUGCAUCGUUGCCUCUGAGGGAUAUGGUUACAACGAUAAGUUUGAUGCUGGUGUUGUGAUUUAUACAGGUGAAGGAGGUAACGUGAUAAGCAAGCAUGAAAACAAAACUGAAGAUCAGAAGAUGCUAAAGGGCAACUUAGCUUUAGCUAACAGCAUGAAACACAAGACCGAAGUGAGAGUGAUACGUGGCAUGGAGAGAUGGGAUGGUAAAGGGAAGCGUUAUGUCUAUGAUGGGUUGUACUUAGUUGAUAAGUAUUGGUUAGAGAAAGGAGUUAGUGGUAAGAGUAUGUACAAGUUUAAGCUUUGUAAAAUUCCUGGUCAACCUCGUUGACUUGGAACCAAUAAUAUUUACUUUUUGAAAUUUGAUU